AUGAUGUCUCUAUCGAGGACAGUGGCUCCUCGAGCCCUCCGAGCUUCCACCACGGCUCCCUUCUCAUUAAUUCGCGCAGUUCCCGCUGCCUCGAUUUCCUCUUCGUCCUCGAAAUCCGCAACUUCUGUUACACCGGCUCCAACCUCGGAUGAUACGUCGCGAUUACCAGUAACGGGUGGCAUUCGUCGCGAAGUGCCCCUUCCCUCUCAAGAGAAGAAACAAGGCGCCAUGCAAUAUGCCCUCACUACACUGGACCAGAUCGCCAAUUGGGCACGACAAGGCUCAUUGUGGCCUGUGACUUUCGGUCUUGCGUGCUGCGCCGUCGAAAUGAUGCACCUGUCUACACCCCGCUACGAUCAAGAUCGUCUUGGAAUUAUUUUUCGAGCUUCUCCCAGACAGAGUGAUGUGAUGAUUGUGGCCGGUACUCUCACGAAUAAGAUGGCUCCCGCCUUGAGGCAGGUCUAUGAUCAGAUGCCCGAUCCCAGAUGGGUUGUUAGUAUGGGAAGUUGUGCGAACGGAGGUGGUUAUUAUCAUUAUAGUUACAGUGUCGUGAGGGGAUGCGAUCGGAUUGUCCCGGUUGAUAUUUAUGUUCCCGGGUGUCCGCCAACGAGCGAGGCCUUGAUGUAUGGCAUUUUCCAGCUACAGAAGAAGAUGAGACAUACUCGGAUCACGAGGCUUUGGUACAGACAGUAG